AACAAACAAGCGUCUACAUGUGCCGCAAAAAGCUCUUGUUUGAUCAAGAUUUUCCCGGAAAAAAAGAAAUCGGACAAAAAGCAUGGAAGUUUGCAUUGACUCUGUCCAAUCAGCUAUCAAUGCAGAGAAAGGAGGUGCAGUGAGAGUAGAAUUAUGUGCUAAUCUAAUGGAGGGUGGUACUACACCAAGCAUUGGGAUGUUGAAAGUGAUCAAGGCAACAGUUAAAAUACCUGUGUUUGUGAUGAUAAGACCUCGUGGUGGGGAUUUCACGUAUUUUCAACACGAGUUUGAUGUUAUGUUUCAAGAUUUAUGCAUGCUGAAGGAAACUGGUGCCGAUGGUUUCGUCUUUGGAAUUCUGAAUAAAGAUGGCACAAUAGAAGAAAAAAUGUGUGAGAAACUCCUUGAAUACGCCAAACCGUUGCCGUGUACCUUUCACAGAGCUAUUGAUAUGACAAGAGACAUCAGUGAAGCAUUAGAGAAAAUUAUUUCCCUUGGUUUCGGAAGAGUUCUCACAAGCGGGGGGGACUCCUCAGCAUUGGAGGGACUUCCAGUCAUUGCUGGCAUGGUGAAGCAGGCUGGAAAACGGAUUAUAAUAAUGCCAGGUGGUGGAAUUAAUGAGAAAAAUUUGCAAAGAAUUUUAGAACAAAGUGGUGCUACAGAAUUUCACUGCUCAGCUCGCUCCAGUGUUACAUCUCAGAUGACUUUCCAGAAGCAAGGCAUCUCCAUGGGAGCGUCCUUGACCCCACCAGAAUUUAGUGUCAAGGUCACAGAUGAUAACAAAGUUAAAAACUUAGUGACAAUGGCUUCAAACUUUUGGGGUACCUGAAAGUUUCAGAGUUAAUUUUUGUAAGGUACAUGUAUAUGACAUGUUAAUUGAAAUUUGAUUAAAAUUUUAGAUGAAUGUUGCGGAUAAUUGUUUAUACAUUAUUAUUACAUGCUUUUCGAUGGUUUAUAGAAAUAUAUCAGUGAUAUAAUAACUGGUAAUUUCACUGUUUGAAACAGUGAAAUUACCACUUUGAUAAUUUCACUGUUUUGAAUUUAAGCCCAUUACGUUGUUUCACUGCAAUACCAGCGUGCACAGAACUGGGUACCAACUUAAUGACAUGACGUCGUAAAUGACGUCACGUUGUAUUAUUAUUUGGCGCGCUUUUCAUUCAGUAUUAGGUUUAAUGUCCUUUUAAAACUUUUCUUUGCAUAUAAUAAAAAGAAAAUUUGUUUAGUUUAGUGUAAGAUCAAAAUAUAUUCCACCUUGUGAACACCAAAAGUUCAUAUUUCGCUCGUGGCUGCGCCACUCGUGAAAUAUACCUUUAGGUGCUCACCCGGUGAAAUAUAUUCCGAUCUUACACUGAACUAAACAAAUAUCCUCUAUAUCAUUUCCUAUAAAGUCUUUCUUUAUGAUACAUUUUAUUUAUCAUUAUGGUAUGGAAUACAAUAAAUAUUGAUGAUAUCAUACUAGUCGAGUUUCAUAUUUUUCCAUUUUAUCGUAGAAAUAUCUGUUAAGCUUUUACUGACAUUGUCACAUGCAUAUUAUGUGGUGCAAAAAUGUGGAACAUUUGAGUGCUUUUUUUAUACUGAUACAGAAAUGAGCCGCGUCACGACAAAACCAAUGCAAUGCGUUUGUGACCAGCAUGGAUCCGCGCAGUCUGAUCAGGAUCCACGCUGUUCGCUAUCACUUUCUCUAUAGGGUUUGUAAGAGGACAGCAUGGAUCAUGAUCACACUGCGCAGAUACGCAGGCUGGUCUGGAUCCAUGCUCGUUGCAAACACAUUACGUUGGUUUUGUCGUGACACGGCUCAAAUAUAUUUAUACGAGCAUAAUUGACUUUUUUCAUAAUGAUCACUGAUGUCUCACUUAACUGCAUCCAGUAUUUAAUUAGCAGAGCAUGCUGUCACUUCUUUUUAUUAUUAUUCACAUGUUUUGCAGAACUUUUUGAUUUUGUAAUAAGAUGUAAAUUUGCCGUUGAGUAAAUGAUUGGCCAACUUUUA